AUGGAAGCGCUUUCGUGUAUGUUAAGCUGUGCUAGGGAGGCGGGGAUUAUUAGAGGGAUACCUGCUCCAAAUAACGGACCGGUUAUCACUCAUCUUCUAUAUGCGGAUGACGCUAUUAUGGUUGGAGAUUGGUCUAAGGAGGAAGUCGAGAAUACUUUGAGAAUCUUAAGGUGCUUCUACUUAAGCUCAGGUUUAAAUAUUAACUUUGAGAAGUCCAAUCUCUUCGGGAUCGGCGUGGGCGCGGAGGAAAUUGGGGGGUUGGCUAUCGAGGUCGGUUGUAAACCGGAUGCUCUCCCUUUCAAGUAUCUUGGUCUUAAAGUGGGAGCUAACAUGAAUUGGAUCGCUAAUUGGCAGCCGGUUAUUGAGACGUUUCAAAACCGUUUGCUAAAGUGGAAGUCGCAUUUGUUAUCUAUUGGGGUAGAGUUGUCAUCAUUAAAUCGGUGUUGGAAAGCUUGCCAACAUACUACUUUUUGUUAUACAAAGCCCCCAAAAAGGUUAUUGCGGAUUUGGAGUCAUUGA